AAUUGGACGGCAAUAAAUGGUCGAGUACAAAUCUAGAAAAACUCCAUGACCACAGGAAAUCAAAACCAUGAAGGCUAAUUAUCUCACUACUUCACUGGUUACUCUCUGCUCAACGCUAACUAAACACUGUGGUUGAGCUUAAAAAGCACAAAGAUCAAAGCUUCAAAAAGCCGAGAAUUCUUCUACUGCCAAAAUCCAAGAGCCAAGCAGAUGGGUUUCACCAUGGGCUUGAACCUGCUGCUCCUCCUAGCCAUGGUGGCCACCAACAUCCUUUCCCUCUACCACCUCUCCGCUCCCACUCUUCAAUCCCCCAAACCCCCAGCUCCUUUACAAGUCCCUGACCAUCUUCUCCACCAAUUGCAAGCCAUACGCGCCACUAUCAACCACCUCACGCGCCACCAACCCUCUCCUUCCACCACUUCUCAAUCCAAACCCACCAUCCCUUCAGAUCUCCUCCUCUAUUCUCAGCUAUCCCCCAUAGCCUCUUCCUGUCACAACCACCCUGACCUUCUCCACAAGUACAUGAGCUACACUCCUUACUCUCUUUGCCCUCUUGACUCUGAUCUUGCUGAGUCUUUAAUCCUCCGCGGUUGCCAUCCUCUCCCCCGUCGCCGAUGCUUCUCCAAAACCCCAUCAAAACCCCCUUCUUCUCUUCCACGUAACCCUUUCCCUUCCUCAUUUAUCGACUCUAAUGUAAUAUGGGCUCAAUAUUCUUGCAAAUCCUUUUCUUGUCUUGCUAAACAAAGCCCAAAUACUGGUUUUGAUAUGAGCGCUGAGAUCUCAAGGUUUAUGACUUAUAAAACAGAGUUAGAUCUCCCAAUUCCGCAGCUGCUACAAGUAGCAAAAUCAGCUAGUUCUUUGAUCAGACUCGGUAUUGACAUCGGAGGCGGUACUGGUACUUUCGCAGCAAGAAUGAAGCAAUACAAUGUGACUGUAAUCACUACCACAAUGAAUUUCAAUGCGCCUAAUAAUGAAGUCGCGGCAAUCAGAGGUUUGGUGCCACUUCACGUGCCAUUACAACAGCGGUUGCCGGUGUUUGACGGGGUGGUGGAUCUGGUGAGGUGUGGACAUGCAAUAAACAGGUGGAUACCAUUGAAGAUGAUGGAGUUUUUGUUCUAUGAUGUGGAUAGGGUGCUGAGAGGUGGUGGGUACUUCUGGUUGGAUCAUUUCUUCAGUAAAAAGGUGGAUCUUGAUAAGAUUUAUGGGCCUUUGAUUGGGAAAUUGGGUUACAAGAAGGUGAAGUGGGCAGUGGGCAAUAAGACUGAUUCAAGUGGGUUGAAGAAUGGGGAGGUUUACUUGACUGCUCUUCUGCAGAAGCCUGUAUCAAGAUGAGAGUCAGGUGUUGGAUAACAGGUACCAUUAUCAGAUCUCUCCAGCUUGGCGAGCAAAAGCGCAAGCUAUCCUGUUCAAAUUUUAGAUGGUUCUAAAGUCAAAAGAUGCAAGCGUCCACCUCAGCAAUGAAGCGACGUAUUUAUUGCCACAAAAUUGGCCAUAAAGAUUAUAGGAUGAGGUAAAAAUAAUGAUAGGUGCAGCAGACAGGGUAAAAUCAAGUUUUAAGAAGGUUGUAGGCAGAACACAAUGAUUGAUUUUUAUUGGUUUUUGAUUCAUAAGCAUGUUAUUGCGUUAACUGUGUAAAAAUAAAUCAGCAGAAGAAGCAUACUUUUCUUUUCUGUUGGCCAA